GAAAAACACUUCCCAUCGUUGACACUGGAUGGGUUCAGCGGUCAGCCGGCCCAAAAGCGCUCCUGCAAUGGCCACUCGACAGGUGGUGCUGCUGGUGGGCAGCGCUGCACGCUUGGUGGAGGCAGUGGAGGCUAGUGGCGGUCAAGCCCAGGUGGCUGACUCCGGAGAGGCCCCAGAGCUUCUGAGGCGCCUGGGGCCCUCGGUGGCCUGCGUGGUCUGCGAGAACCCGGGGCUGCUGCCGGAACUGCGGAAAGGCGAGUACAAGCAGAUCUUCACCAUCGCGAUGGACGAGGCUUUGGCGGACGACCCGCUGCGGCGCCUGGGCGCCUUCGCGCAGGGCGCGCGCAUGGUCUCCGCUGGCCCAAGCUUCGUGGAGAAGGCGGUGGCCCAGGCCCUUGAGGUCGCUCGGCAAGUGGGGCCCUUUGCCUGCCCCGGCUGCGGCCUCUGCCUCUCGGAGGAUGCGCUCCACCUGCACAUGCACUUCCACCACGCGGUGGAGAACUUACCCAAGGCGCCCUGCCCCAUUUGCGGGGAGCAGGAAGGCUCCGUGGCGGUCCACGUGCACAACCGCCAUGGCCCGUCGGACGCACGAGAGCCACCGAGCGCGCCCUACGCGACCUUCGCAUGGUGCGUGUGCCGACAUCCGGAUGGCCGCUUCCUGCUGGUGAACGAGCCUGCGGGCAUCUCAGGCGGCCGGCCGGGCUUCUGGCUGCCUGCGGGCCGCGUGGACCAUGGAGAAUCUCUGCAGGAGGCGUGCGUCCGAGAGGCCUUGGAAGAGGCCGGCGUCGCCGUGCGGGUCACAGGCGUGCUGCGCAUGAUGGUUGACAGCCAGCAGACCCUCCGUGUCGUCUUCCUGGCGGAGCCAGAGGACCCGGCAGCGCAGCCCAAGAGCAUCCCGGACUGGGAGAGCGUGGGUGCCAUGUGGGUCACCGUGGAGGAGCUUCAGAAGCUCAAGGCGGAGCACUACCGGCACCCAGACCCCGCGGAGCUCUUCCCCCCAGUUGCCGCCGGCAAGCUGCAGCCGCACCCCGUGGACACGGCGGCCUUUGUGGAGCUGGAGGCGCUGAUCCGGCGCCUCACCAAAGGCGAGCGGAAGGCCGCGAAGGAGCUGGAUCGUGUGUGGCAGAAUGUGGUCUCCACCUACCCUGCCUCAGUCUUCCAGCGCUAGCCUUGGACAAAGCUCCCUUUGCGGCCGCGCGUGAGGUGACGUUGGCCAAAGCGUCGUGUACAGUUGGACACUUUGGCUGGC